AUGUGCUUCAAAAUCAGAGGAUUCUUAAUGAUCAAGGACAGCCGUGUAUUCAAGAAAUGGCCGGUGGAGUAUCGUUGGGUUGACCCCGAGAGCAGCAAAAGCACUCUCAGUGCAUACUUCAGCAGUAGCACCACCGUCCCUAGUUACAAAGUAAAUUCAGCCUUACUAAGUGAAGACACAAAAAGUAGAAAGUCUAGCAUCUUCCAAGCCAUGCGGCGCAACUCCAGCAAAUGUGCCAGAUAUGUGCUAGCUCACUCCGUCGGCCGCUGCCUUCUUUACCCGGGCUCUGUGUGCCUUCUGAAUAAAGUGUCGCUAUCUUUACUAGUGCACGGUCGGAGGCAUCUGAUGGAGGAUUUCCAUGGGAAACGGGCCAAACUAAUUGCUCGCGACGGUAACGAGAUCGACACCAUGUUUGUGGACAGGAGGAGGAAGAAAACGCCAGAAAACCGGGGGAUGAGGUUGGUCAUAUGUUGCGAAGGCAAUGGCAGUUUCUAUGAAGUGGGCUGCACCUUCACGCCUCUGAAGGCUGGCUACUCCAUCCUAGGAUGGAACCACCCUGGUUUUGCAAGAAGCACGGGGAAGCCCUACCCGCAGGAAGACAUCAACGCCAUGGACGUCGUUCUCCAGUAUGCCGUAUGCCGUCUGCACUUCAUGCUGCCGGACAUUGUCAUUUAUGGCUACUCCUUGGGGUGCUACACCGCCACGUGGGCAGCCAUGGCUUACCCAGAGCUGGGUGGUUUGGUGCUGGAUGCCCCCUUCGACAGCUUGAUCCCUUUGGCCAUGAAGGUGUUGGGGGAGAACUUGAGGGGCCUGGUGUGGCGGACGGUGAUAGAGCAUUUCAACCUCAACGUGGCCGAAAUGCUGCGCCAGUACCAAGGUCCGGUGCUGCUGAUCCGGAGGACCCUGGACGAAGUCACCAGCACCGAGUUCGACCCAAAGACCUCCCUCCCCGUUGCCAGGACCAACCGGGCAAACAAUCUGCUCUUGCAGCUAUUGCAUUCUCGCUAUCCCAAUAUCAUCGAUGGGGAAGAGGAAGCUGUGUACUUUUGGCUGUCGGCCGACAGCUUUCCUGUGGAAACCCUCAUCUAUCGCCACUUCUAUAAGGUUGAUGAGAAAUGGUGCUUCCAGGUGCUUGAGAACUACAAAGCCAGCCUUGGAUCUGAUUGCUCCUUCCCAUGGAAAGUGGGGGAAGACCUGAUGUCCAGCCAGAAGCAGGAGCUGGCUUUGUUUUUGGCCAAGAAGCACCUGAAGAAUGUGGAAGCGACCCACGGAAGUAAUUUGCCAUCAGAGCUAUUUGAGUUGCCCUGGAAGCUCUAG